CCGAAUACACACGCACGCGCCUCUUUGCAGGAGUCGUUUGCGGAGGUGAGAGUGCGGAGGUGAGGCAUCCUAGGACGAGCGAUGGCUUCUCUCAGCUGGUUAACGGCCAGGCGGCUGCACCCGCUCGCUUCUCCGGUCUCUCAGAUCCUAAAACGCGCUGCACCAGUGAAUAGCUUUAGAUCCGCGCGAAGGUUCCACCGCGGACCCUACCGGUGGCUCGCUGAAAAGGGACCGUGGACCAAAACCAGGAUACCGGAGCAACAGCACCUGACGGAUCUGGACAAGGCGGACGCGCUGAUGCUGAGGAAGUCGCAUGAAACAGGCUUCCUGUCAUGGUUCCGUAACGGCUUGCUGGCUACUGGGGUUGGAGUCAUCGCCUUUGUACAGAGUGAUGUUGGAAGAGAAGCAGCAUAUGCCUUUUUCAUCCUGGGAGGAGGAUGCGUCUCGUUCGGCGGUGCGUCCUACGUCGGCAGCUUGCUGUCCUUGAGGAGAAUGAUGCUUCUCUCCCUGCCUUCUGUGCUGCUCCACACUGCUGUGGUGUCCAGCGUCGCCCUCUUCUGGCUGUGUGCGGUAUCGCUCUACAUCGGCCGGCUGGAAGUGGAGAUCAUCCGUGACGAGGCUGAGGAAGAUGAGGGCAGCGAUGAAGGCGGCGAGUGUGCAGAAUGUAGGGCUCGGCGAGACCGACACCGCACGGAUGAGAGAGGCCAAGAGAAGUAAUGGAGACGGCACUGAUCCAGGACCAGUGUUUUGCACUUCACUUGGAUUAGAAUAAGACAAAAGGCAAAAACUGUUUACACAUCAGAGCAGAAGAGUCAGGAGUCCUCUGGUGCUGGUUAUGUUGGACGGGUGGGUUUCCUGGUUGUUUUAUUUUCUCUAAAAUGGACUUUGUCCUUCUGAGUGCGUGGGAAUGAAGACUGCAAAUCCUCAGAUUUAACUUAGUGUGUGUUUAUGGGUAUGAUUAAAAAACAAGGGAUUUUAAAUCUAGAUUGGACACUUGAAAUGUGAAAUAUUUCAUCAUUAUUUUGUGUGUGUGUGGGUGGGUGGUUGGGCUGAAUUGUUAGCAGAUCCUACGGUAAAUACGUAAGUGUCCUGUAGUGUGGAGGGGCAGGAGAAGACACAGAAUACCCCCAGAGACAUCGGACAUACGUCUGUACUUCUGUAGAGAGCGUACUGUUCCAGCUAAGGCCAAGAAAAGGCCAGGAAGUCUGGCAUGUCUGUCUUUACUUUUCUUCUGUACUGGAUUAUAAAAGAAAUGUCUCCAUUACAGCCACGUGUUUACUGUAGAUAAGUUCACCAAGGUUAGACGGCUUAUGCUGCAUGCUGCAUGUUCCAGCGGCAGGGCACGAACUUCACAGGUGCGAAGGCCCUGCAAACAUCUUCCAACCGCGCUCCCGAGUACCGCACGUCCCGCACGUCCCGUCCGUGUGGGUGACUUCCCUCUGAAAUGACCCUUCAAGGGCCCUUCAAACUUUUAAGCAAAUAUAUUUCCUUUGGCGUCCUCACUUUAGGGGGAGUUGCCGUGGAGGAGUGCAGAAUUAAAUGUCCCUUUAAAUCUCUUUCUCUUCCAGAAUAUCGUGUUGGAAGCUGCGGGUUGGAUGUUGGUUAUUGGUGUGCUUGUCAGUUUCCUGCUGUCAUGUAUAAACCUCAUUCGCUCCUGUGGCAUUAAUGCUGGCGGUGUUUCGAUUGCGGUCUUCGAUGAGUCAUGCAACAUGCCACAAAAGACGUGUAUGGGGUCAGGCAGUCCGUCCUAAAAUAACACUGAACUAUGAUUCAGUCCAUACCGCCAGAGGAUUCAUGCAAGUCAGAAGAGUUUUGGGUUGUCGUGUGUGUGUGUGUGUGUGUGUUUUUGAAGUGCUUGUAUUUUUCCCCGUCCCCAUCUGUUUUACCAUGAAUUGGGAUCAGAGCUACCAGAAAACCUCAGACACCAUAAGACAGACGGAUAGACAGAUGGUCUGCUCCGAUACCUAAAGGCUGUGAUGUGUGCUAAUGCCACAGGCUUCGAAGCUGGAAUGUUGCUGUUGCAUCAUUAAAUUUGGCCAUUUUCUGCUGACAUGGCUAAAACUGAGCUCAUAUUUGACACCGAAAUGCAUUUACAAGUGGAUUUUUCAAACAGUUAAUUUAAUUCAGCAUGCGAAUUGAAUUCAUCUCCUGAAUUAACCCAUUAUUGAUGGACAUAACCCUACCUAUUCAGAUCUGACAAAAACUGAACACACCGUGUUCUCACUGGAGCAGUUUAUUCCCUCGGUAAACGUGUUCUCUCUCUCUCUCUCUCUCUCUCUCUCUCUCUCUCUCUCUCUCUGUCCCUAGCUUCAUUAGUUUGGUGAUGAAGUGGAACGUGGACUUUUCUGUUUGCUUGAGAACAUUAGCUUCUGUUGUGUCCUGUUUGCGUAGCAUGCCUGGGUCAUGGCUCUUGCGCUCGUUGCGCAUGCACAUGCAGACGCAGACCAGCACCAAGCUCCUGAGCGCAUGUUUCUGUCUGCUCUUCACCAGAUCGAAUAUCAGCCGUGGUUUCGACAGGUUCACCAUCAAUUUGAACUGAAGCUACACAAAUACAAAUUUGUCCACAUUUGAUUGUAAUUGACCUUUCACAGCCUCCGGGAACGGCUCAUGUUGGAGUAAUGAUGGAGUGUGUAGUGGUGUUCAGUGGAGGGUCGGGUUCAGAAAGAUUCCCUCUCCAGCGUCCACAUAAACAGGCCGGCAAAACCAGCUUCUGCUAGCUUGACUUUUCCGAUAGACGCAAAUUAACAUGUCAUACCGAACAUAUGCAUUACACAGUUUUAGCUGUACGUCAAGAUCCAUUGAUUUCUCUAUCGGUUGUUCUGUUGUGUCUCCAAUGAGCUGCCCAUUUAUUUAUAUUUUCUGUUAUCUGCAGAAGAGAAGUGUUUGUACAGAAAGUGUAAGUCCGUAGACAGAAUAUAUACUCAAAUGUUCUAAUUCAGUUCUGAUUAAGACCAGUAAACCUUCAAACACAUUUACCCCUGGUAGUCCUGUUUGUAAACUUUAUUGUCUUUGCUGUUUUGAGAUUCUACUGUGCAAGACAAUAUCAAACAUUAAAAAUCCAUAAGAAUGGAUUUUUUUUUUUCAGAAAUCAGGAAAACUCUUUGGUUCAUAGUAAAAUGUAUAAUAAUGGAAAAUUGA